AUGGCUACAGUUCCUUUGGGCUGUGGUGAGAAGAUAGGAUUCAGAUACAACAGACUUUGUGAUAAAACGGAACUUUGGGGCAUUAUCCUAGAAGCAAUUGCCGGGGCCGGGGCUGUGGCCUCUAUUGCCUUCAUGUUCACUCUGCUGGUCUUCAUUGGCAAGGUGCAGGAUUCCAACAAGCGUAAAGUGCUCCCGACCCAGUUUCUCUUCCUCCUAGGGGUGCUGGGGGUCUUCGGCCUCACCUUUGCCUUCAUCAUCAGACUGGAUGGAGGAACAGGGCCCACACGCUUCUUUCUAUUUGGCAUCCUUUUUGCCCUCUGCUUCUCUUGCCUCCUGGCUCACGCUUUCAACUUGACUAGGCUGGUCCGUGGGAGGAAGCCCCUCUCCAUGCUGAUGAUUCUGGGCCUAGCUGUGGCCUUCAGCCUGGUACAGGAUGUCAUCGCUGUUGAAUAUAUUGUCCUCACCAUGAACAAGACCAAUACCAAUAUCUUUUCUGAGUUCUCUCCUUCUUACCGCAAUGAGGACUUUGUCAUGCUGCUCAUCUAUGUCCUCGUCUUGAUGGCGGUGACCUUCCUCACAGCCUCCUUCACAUUCUGUGGAUCCUUCACUGGCUGGAAGAAGCACGGGGCACACAUCUUUCUCACCAUGAUCCUCUCCAUCGCCAUCUGGGUGACGUGGAUCACCCUGCUUUUGAGUCCAUUCCCUCAAUCCAGGUGGGAUGACACCAUCCUCAGCUCAGCCUUGGUUGCCAAUGGCUGGGUUUUCCUGUUGGUUUAUGUUGUGCCUGAGUUCUGUCUGCUCACCACCCAGCAAAACCCCAUGGAUUAUCCUUUGGAGGAUGCUUUUUGUAAACCUCAACUCAUGAAGCAAAGCAGUGGUGUGGAGAACAGAGCCUACUCUCAAGAGGAAAUCGCUCAAGGUACAGAGCCUAGCUGGGAUGUACUCUAUGCCCCAUAUUCCACCCAUUUUCAGAUGCAGAAUCGGACCUCCCAAAAGGAUUUCUCUAUUCCACGGGCUCAGACCCGGACUAGCCCUUACAACGACUAUGAAGGAAGGAAAGAGGGCAGCUAA